AUGCGGGCUAUAACAGUGCCUGCUUGCCCUAUCACAAAUUCUGGACAACAAUCAAAGUCUAAAAAGCUUGUGCUAAAAGUUGUUACUCCAGUAGUUAUUUCAUCAUUUGUGAUAUUCUUGUUGGUUUUAAUCUGGACACUAAAACGACAAAAGAAAGGAAAGUCUAAAGAUGCAGAAAAUGUACCAGAGAUUAGGACUUAUGAAUUGGUUUCAUAUCCCGAGAUUCAAAGAGCAACAAAUAAUAUUGAUGGAUCAAAUUUAAUUGGUAUGGGAGGUUCUGGUUCUGUGUACAAAGGAACGUUAUCUAGUGGAAUUGUGGUUGCAAUAAAGGUUCUGGACUUGCAAAAUGAGGAAGUAUGCAAAAGGUUUGAUAGAGAAUGUGAGGUGAUGAGAAAUGUUCGACACAAAAAUCUUGUCACGGUAAUCACAACUUGCUCUAGCGAACACACAAGAGCCUUUGUUCUUGAGUAUAUGCCCAAUGGAAGUCUUGAGAAUUGGUUGUAUGGGGAAGAUUGUCACUUGAACCUUCUUCAAAGAGUCACCAUAAUGCUUGAUGUGGCUUUGGUAAUUGAAUAUCUACAUCAUGGUCAUGCCACCUUGAUAGUCCAUUGCGACUUAAAGCCAACUAACAUUCUUUUGGAUGAAAAUAUGGUGGCACAUGUUUGUGAUUUCGGCAUCUCUAAAAUUUUAGCUGUAAGCAUGUCCACGGCCCAUACCGAGACAUUGGGCACUCUUGGUUACAUUGCACCUGAAUAUGGCUUAGAGGGAAUAGUGUCCACAAGUGGUGAUGUAUAG